CUAGAUGGUGCCUCGUCUUCAUAAUGGCGCUUCGAUUCAAUUUAAGUUAGGCCAUUGAUAAUUUCACAAACUCGCAGUGUUCUGCUCUUGAAAGUUAAUUUGUUUUGAUUUCUUGGGAAAAGUGAUGUCGAAACGAAAAGUCAAAUUUGCUGAAAACGAAGCUUCCAAUGAAGAAGUUGGUGAGCCAAGUGCUAGUCGUUUCAAGGAAGAGAAUACAAUUGAAAGCGACGAAGAAUUGGAGGAGACUGGUGGAGACAAGGGUGCAACUUCGACAAAUGACAUAUUGACUGAAGAUGAUAUUGAAGGGCAAGAAGAUGCAACUAUCAAGUCUUAUGGCGACAUCAAAAUAACACCUUUCAAUUUGAAGGAAGAGAUGGAAGAGGGUCACUUUGAUUCUGAAGGUAAUUAUAUUGCAGACAAGGAUGCUGAGUCUUUCAAAGAUGAGUGGCUUGAAAGUGUUAACUGGGCAAAAGUUGAUGAGAAAGAUAACCAGGAAAUUCAGGCAGAAUGGGAAGAUGAGCCUGAAAAACUCCCUGCUUCAGAAAAAAUUAAAUUGAUGAAAGGAGUAGUUAGUUUAUUAAAGCCGGGAGAAAAUGUGCUAAAGGCACUCAGAAGGUUUGGAGGAAAGAAACCUGGCAAAAAGCAGAAAAAUACUGACAAGGAUGAAAGUAAAGAAGAGGACAAAAAUAAUUUGUUGAAAUUAACCGAGUUUGCAGAUUCGCUCCUGCAGCAGGGAGAUUUUGAAAUAUAUAAUAAAACAUUCGAGAGACUAAAUGUUGAGCUUAAAAGAGAAGAAGAGAAAUUUCAGGAUGCUGAUGAUGAUGAUGAGCUAGAGAAGGCAUUUGCCCAAUCGAAAGAGCCAGAGACUAAAACAAGUGAAGAAACAGUUCCCAAUAGUGAGGAAGUUAUGUGGGAGUAUAAAUGGGAACAAAGUGAUGAUGCACAACUUUAUGGACCUUACUCAAAUUCUUGCAUGAUAAGCUGGAAAGAGCAAGGAUUCUUUAAAGAUGGUGUCUUAUGUCGCAAAAUUGGGUCAACCGGAUCAUUUUACAACUCAAAGCGAUUAGAUUUUGACCUUUAUGACUAAAUUACUAACAAAUACCAUGAUGGUGCUGAAAGACCCUCUAAAACUCAUCAUCAAAGGUUAACUUUGCUGUUUGAUUUUGAAGUUGCCUGUUUGAAGAAAAUUAGCUUUACUGACAUGAAUAGUUGCCAGCACCAAUAAAACAACAAAACAUCCUCACAAUAUAACCAUUUGAUACAAAGAACUUUAAAAUAUGCACUUUGUUUGCUGCAGGCUGUCAUUUUAUGUUUGCUGCAGACUUGCAUAAUCAUCUCAGUGUGUUGUUGUCAUGGCUUUCACCUUGUAAACAUAAUGCAACUUUUGCUGAAACACCUUUUUACAGAUUGACUAAAAGUAGUUGUAAAUAUGAUGACAAUGGCAUUGUUA